UACACGUGAGAUUCUUUAUUAUUAAUUGCAGAAAAUAAUUGUAUGUGUGUUAUGGGAACGGCACAAGAUUGGACAAACAAAAAGAGAGAAGACGAAUUAAACUGCUUCGGUUUUUCUGAUUUGGUUAUUAACUUUUUCAUUUCACCAUAAAGUUCAGAAGCGUGUUUGGUUGUUUUAAUAAUAAUGUUUCCGGAAUUUGGAUUAUGGUCAAGAUGUACCGGUCUACUUGCUUUUGACGUAUUGAGAUAGAAUUUGCAUUAGUAAGGAGGAGGAAUCAGAAGAUUUUAGUGUUGUUGUAUAAUAUUGAAGUGUUUUUUAAUGUUGUUGUGUUCCAUUAGGUUUACUGAUCUAUGAAAAACGAUGAUCUAGAAAAUUGUCAGAUAUUAUUAUUGGAGACAGAGUUGUUGGGGUGGUUGCUAUUAUUUGAUAGGGAAGUGUUUAUGGGGAAAAAGAAACGACAAAAGACAAAGGAACUUUCGGUAGCGAUAGCCGAGGCUUCAUCCAGAGAAGGUGACACGGAGCAUCAUCAUCAACAACAACAGCAACCUCAGACUCCACGAAAAAGAGGGAGACCUCGUAAGGUUGUUGUUGUGGAAACGGAAAGCGAGGGGAAAAAAGUGGAACCAGAAGCUUCUGCAACAUCCGAGAAAGAAAAAGAAGAAGAAGAAGAAGAAGAUGAACAGCAUGUAAAGCUACAAGAGGAGUUAACAUCAGCAUCGGCAACAACAUGCACGAUGAUAGUUACAAAGGAAGGGAUUCAACUCCCAAAAGGGGAACCCUCGAGAAGCAAAAGGGGCAGACGCAAAAGCAAACCCCGAAAAAGCACUUGAAAAUUAUUACCUUUUCUUUAUAAUUUUUCACGCAAGCUUUCAAAGAACUUUUUCUUCAGAUUCUAAGGCUUAUCUAAACCCGAGUGUUAAGAUUAUAUAUAGUCCAGGAGAACUUGAAUGCAGUGUUUCAUUCCCAGAACUUGUUUUUUAUGUGUGAUUGCUAUAAUAGUUUAUAGCGAUCAAUUUAAAUAUAGCUCUUGGAUUUAAAUUUACUUGGUUUGUUACUAAAUAUGUUGUCUCUCAACAGUACAAAUAUUGCUUCAUUGUUUGUUUUUCUCUUCCCCUACAAUUCUUAGCUGUUGUUCAGUUGUUUUU